AUGUCCUCUUCUGCCACACUUCCAGCUAUUUACUCAUUCCCUCCAUUCUUCACAAGGCAACCAAAUGCUCUUAUUAGAAAGCAGCAGAUCACCUCAUGGAUAGAGGUGAUCUUACAGUAUUGUAAGCUGAAGAAAUGUUGGAGCAUGACUGUGGAAGGCAGUCCAGUCGAGGGUAACCCGAAUGAUAGCAAUAUUAAUCCACUCACUGGUGGUACUGAUAAUAGCAUCUUCACUAAUUCAGAGAUACAAAGAAGUGUGCCGCAGGUGUUCGUCGAAGAAAUAUGGUGCCAAAUGUGUGAAGAAAACAAAGCUGUUGGUGCAGAUCAGGGUCCAAAGGACUCAUCUAGAUAUUACAUAUUGUGGAGGAACUUUGAUUCAUGGGCAUCACUGGUAUUGCAAUGGUUCGAAGAUGCUGGCAAAUUAAACCAGGUUGUUACUAUAUAUGAAUUGACUCAAGGCGAUGAAACAAUGACAUGGGAGUUUCAUGGAAUGCCGGAACAAUUGAUGGCAUAUUGUUUGAAACCCUUAGAGCAGCGAAAUAGGGCUACCCUAAUCAAUGACGAACGGGGUAAACCAAUUGCUGUCAAGGUUGUAUAA